AUGUCUCUCUAUCUAGUAUUACACGUUUCUGAAGAUUCAAAAGGGGCUGCAAAGCCUCUGAAUAAUCACCGCGGAAAGCGCGUCCAUCAAAGAGAUUACUCUUUUCCGUUCAAAUAUUUGAAAACAAAAACAGAAACAGGCGAUGAGGAAGCGUAUGACGAAAUCCUCAAGACAAAUUCCGAGAUUCAACUUGCAUUGGGAACACUCGGGAAGCCUCCAAGCCAAAUACGCCCCAAGGCCCUCAAGCCUCUCACUGCGGAUUUCCAAUCUGCAUCGCCUCACAAGAGGGUGGCAGUCCUGGCUGUCUUUUAUCAACUGUUCAUGUGCCGGGACCAUCGGCUCAAUCCGCAUGUUUACAAAGAGUUUUGGAACCUUCGGCAGUAUCUCACAGAGCGCGAGGACUUCUUGUUCAGCAAACCUCACCAUCUCGCCGUCGCAAUGACUACCCGGUCCAACCUGGACGAGUCUGUACGAGUGGCCAAGGCCGGGCUCGGAUGGGUCGUCGGCAAGGAACGGAGCGGGUUCGUCGGCAAGGACCGCACUUAG